UACUGCCGCUUCUACCCAUGGAUGUGUGGCUCUGGUCUACCGCUGUUCAACAAAUGUAAUCUCACACUUCUUCAUUUGGAAUUAGGCGUUUGUGUUAUCAGUUUUCAGGCAGCCACACUGGCGGUUUUCACAGCAUUUAAUGAUUUUCCUUCGUAGAAAGCAGGGGAUAGCUUGAUUGUUAAAUUCACGUUUGACAAAGCGAUCCAGAGGAAGUCCAAAAUGAGUUCACGGGACGCACUGAGGAAUGCGUCAACACUAGCAUCUUAUAAUGUUUUGCUACAGGUGAUGUUCCGUGUCCUCACCUUCUUGCUGAAUGCAUUCACUCUGCGGUUUGUGUCCAAAGAGCUGAUUGGGGUUGUCAAUGUCAGGCUCACCCUACUGUACUCCACAUUAGUAUUUUUAUCCAGAGAAGCUUUCCGGAGAGCCUGCCUGAGUGGGGUUUCUGGGGAAAACCACAGUUGGAGACAAGUUAUAAACCUGCUAUGGCUGACGUUGCCUCUGGGUGUGUUAUGGGCAGCCUUGCUGGUGUGUGUGUGGCUAUGGCUCCUGGAGGUCCCGGACACCGAGACCGUCCCUUACUACGGCCCUGCUGUGGUGUUGUUCGCCUUGUCAGGAGUGCAGGAACUCCUGGCUGAGCCCCUCUGGGUCCUGGCUCAAGCUCACAUGUUUGUCCGACUGAAGGUUGUCGCUGAGAGCUUAGCAAUGAUCGCUAAGUGCAGCAUCACAGUGGUGCUGGUGGUGUUUGCCCGUGAAUGGGGCCUUUACAUCUUCUCUGCAGCUCAUUUGAUGUACACAGGAUUCCUGGUGCUGUGCUAUGCUGUUUACUUCAUUCGUUUCUUGGGCUCUAAAGAAGCAGCCAAGAAGAGUUUUCCUCUGCACCGUGUUGGAGAUCUCUUGCCCUGUAGAGCUGAUGGAGAGCCUCUGGUUGAUUGGACUCUGGCCCGGCUCACAUGGAGCUUCUUCAAGCAAUCCUUCCUGAAGCAGAUCCUGACAGAGGGUGAGCGUUAUGUCAUGACCUUCUUGAACGUCCUCAGCUUUGGAGACCAGGGAGUUUAUGACAUUGUCAAUAAUCUGGGCUCCAUGGUGGCUCGCUUCAUCUUCUUGCCCAUCGAGGAGAGCUUCUACAUCUUCUUUGGCAAAGUGGUGGAACGAGGACGUGAUGUCAAAAGUCAGAAACAGGAAGAAGUUGCCAUUGCAGCAGAGGUCCUGGAGUGUCUGCUGAAACUGGUGCUUGUGAUUGGUCUGAUCAUCACAGUGUUUGGGUACGCCUACUCUCACUUGGCUCUGGACAUUUAUGGCGGCUCUCUACUGAGCAGUGGGGCAGGUCCCACCUUGCUGCGCUGCUACAGCUGCUAUGUUCUCCUGCUCGCUGUAAAUGGUGUAACAGAGUGUUUCGUAUUUGCUGCCAUGAGCCAAGAAGAGGUUGACAAGUAUAACUUGGUGAUGCUGGCUCUCUCUGUGUCUUUCCUGUUACUGUCAUACGUGCUGACAUGGUGGGCCGGCGCUGUGGGCUUCAUACUGGCAAACUGCCUUAACAUGGGCCUCCGCAUUUUGCACAGCCUGCUUUACAUACACCGUUACUUCCAGUCCAGUCAGUGGAAACCUCUGCGAGGCCUGUUGCCUUCCCCGCUCCUACUAUUGGCCCUUGCUGUCAGUGCCUUUGUCACAGUGCUGUCUGAGCGUGUGUUCUGCUGCGAGAGCGGCUGGUUGCUAAGGUUGGUCCACAUCGCCAUAGGUGCCGCGUGUCUGCUCUGUGUGUUUGUAGCUGUUCUUCUCACGGAGACUCAGCUUAUUCAGUUUGUGAAGACUCAGCUCUUGCCCCGAUACACAAAGAAACAAACUUGAAUCAGACCUGAAGCGGGUGUGCUGGACUGGAACAAAGUUUCGCUACAAACCGGAGCUACUGACUGACAGUUAGUGAAAACAACGAGGGAACAUCUUUUUAAAAUAGACUUGAUAUGUGUGUAUGUGAAUGUGUGUGUAUAUAAUGCUGGCAUGUUUUUACAGGAGCGUUCCUAUGUUGGCACAUAGAAGAGUGAACAAACACGUCAUUACUGUUUUGGGAUCUAAUUUUUGUUUUUUUUAAUGAAAGUAUUUUAAGAAAACAGUUGACAUUGCUUACAGAAAUACAUUGUCAUGCACAGUAAAAAAGGCAACCUGAUUCACAGUUGUGUGUUAUAAUCAAUGUAAUGAAGAAAUAUGAAUUUAUAAACUGUAAGCAGCCCAAAGGA